ACCCACCAAUCAUUUAUCAAAGGGCAUGUAACUCUCAUGAUAUUGCGCAAACCGGCUGUCUGUUAUGACAUUUUAUUAAAACUCGCCGAUUCUAGUGUGUCAGUAAAGAAUGAGUGAGCUUCCAAGACUUACUGGUGCUCUCAGAGCCUUCACAGGUCUGUCUGGAACUUCCCUAUCUGAGUCUUUUCAAGAUGAAGAGUUGCUUAAGAAGAGACAAUUUAUGACAAAGAAAAAAACAUCUGUUGAAGGUUCAGGAUGGCAAAAGCUUACUGAAAAAAUAAGAGAGAAAAGUUCAGCAUCUAAAGAUGAGAUUGCUGGAUGGUUUAAAGAGCUUCUACAUGAUGCAAAUCAGAUAGUUGGAGAUACUGCGGAUGAAGAAAUCAUUGAAAGUGCUGCAGUUUAUCUGUUCUCCGUGUUUAAAACUGCCGAUAAGGUAACUCAGAAACAAACAAACACAUUAAAAAGUGUUUUUGGCCCUUUUCCUGCAUCUGUAGUGACAAAAACCUGUACUGUAGUAAAUAAGAUCACAUCUACAUUACCUGAUGAUGUCAUACAGUUGCUUGGCAACCAGGUACGAGAAGAAGCAGACGGCGAGGCAACUGUCACUGAAUUCGGAAAAUCACUGAAAUUCAUCUAUCAGAAACCCAUCAUUAAAGAUGGAGAAAUAUCGAGCUCUGAUUCGGAAGAGGAAGACAGGCAGAUGGAAGUAGAUUUGAAUUAUAGGAAAAGCACACAGACUUCUAGUGGUAAACAGGAAGUGAAAAAAGAAAGUGGCCCGAAUAUAGAUGCAGAAUGGCUGCAGCAGGAAGUAGCAAAGUAUUAUGGGGGAAGUGAUUCUACAGCUUUAGGAAUGAGUUUGGAAGAUUUUGCUGCCACUAUAUUUGAUGUUUUGUGUUCUCCAAAGUCGGAUUCAGAGCUACAGAAUGAUUUAUUUGAACUUCUUGGAUUUGAGCGUUUUGAGCUGAUACAAAGUCUACUUGGUAACAGAGAGAAACUUCUGUACAGUGCUACACAGGAACCUGAAACUAAGAAAUCUAAUUUGUCAAAAAAUGAUUUCCUUUUUUCAGGAACUAAGACUGAAGGUUCAAGUAAACCUGGCUAUGGAUGUCAAGUCACUAUACAGUCUGAGGAAGAGAAGGCCAUGUUGAAAAAAAUACGUAAAGAGGAGAAGAAGAUGGAUAAACGUGGUAAUGUUCGUGGUGAAGAUAUGGAUGAUAUUGGUGGAUUUAAUCCUGCAGAGCUACGUGCACAGAGAGAGGCAGCAUUACUGUAUGCUAAGUCAGCACCAAUGUUCAGUGGGAAAUCAAGUCAUACCACCAGGGAACGUUACCCAUACGUGUUUGAUAAAAUGGAGGAGGCAAGAAUUUCAUCAGCCUUUAUUGGCGGUGUGAAGAUGCAUUUACCAGACACUAUAUCACGUAACAAUAACAAGGUGUAUGAGGAAGUGAACAUACCUCAUAGUGAUGCUGCACCGACCCAUGUCGGAGAUAAACGUGUUACUAUAGAUACACUAGAUGAGAUUGCUAGAAUGGCCUUCAAAAAUACUAAGUCCCUGAAUAGGAUCCAGUCAGUGGUAUUUGAGACAGCCUAUAAAACAAAUGAGAAUCUGUUGAUAUGUGCACCAACAGGGGCGGGUAAAACCAACAUUGCUAUGUUGACUAUACUACAUGAGAUGACACAACAUAUCUCCCAGGGUGUCAUCAAGAAAGAUGACUUUAAGAUAAUCUAUGUGGCUCCAAUGAAGGCUCUGGCUGCUGAGAUGGUUCGGAACUUUGGGAGCAGACUUGAACCUCUAGGUAUCUCUGUGAGAGAGCUUACUGGUGACAUGUCUCUCACCAAAUCUGAAAUCAUGAAAACACAGAUGAUGGUAACAACACCAGAGAAGUGGGACGUGGUGACCAGAAAAAGUACCGGGGAUGUAGCAUUAGCUCAGCUGGUUAAGUUGUUGAUCAUAGAUGAAGUGCACUUACUACACGAUGACAGAGGUUCUGUUAUAGAAAGUCUGGUGGCUCGUACACUAAGACAGGUUGAGACAUCACAAAGUAUGAUCAGAAUUGUGGGCCUGUCAGCUACCCUGCCUAACUAUAUAGAUGUUGCAAGAUUCCUCCAUGUCAACCCUUAUCUAGGUCUGUUCUUCUUUGAUGGCAGAUUCCGACCAGUUCCUCUUGGAAUGACAUUUAUAGGAAUAAAAGCGUUGAACCGUGUUCAGCAGAUGCAGGACUUUAACUUGGUUUGCUAUGAGAAAGUAUUGUACCAGGUAAAGCGUGGCUACCAGGUGAUGGUGUUUGUUCACGCACGUAACGAGACUGUACGAACAGCAUCCGUGUUGCGAGAUCACGCCAAGAAUAAUGGAGAUAUCAACCUGUUUUACCCUGAACAAUCAGCCUCAUAUGGAGAUGCUCUUAAAAAUAUAAUGAAGUCUAGGAACAAGCAGAUGAAGGAGUUAUUUACGGACGGUUUCAGCACUCACCAUGCUGGUAUGUUACGUCAGGAUCGUAAUCUUGUAGAGAAAUACUUCGCUGCGGGACAUAUCAAGGUGCUCGUGUGUACAGCUACACUGGCAUGGGGCGUGAAUCUUCCAGCCCAUGCUGUUGUCAUUAAGGGCACCCAGAUAUAUGAUGCCAAGAAGGGAUCAUUUGUUGAUCUAGGUAUCCUAGACGUGAUGCAGAUAUUUGGACGUGCCGGACGACCCCAGUUUGACACAUUUGGUCACGGUACUAUAAUCACCACCCACGACAAACUGUCACACUAUCUCUCUCUGAUGACAAGACAGAAUCCAAUAGAAAGUCAGUUUGUUAACAGCCUAACAGACAACCUGAAUGCUGAGAUUGCGCUGGGUACAGUAACAAAUGUCGAGGAAGCUGUGAAAUGGUUAAGUUAUACGUACCUGUAUGUACGUCUCACCUGUAACCCUCUAGUGUACGGUGUCCCAUAUGCAAGUGUGGAGGAGGACCCGACUCUGACUCAGUACCGGACAGAAUUGAUCAUAGAUGCAGGCAGAAAACUAGACAAGGCUCGUAUGGUAAGGUUUGAUGAAAGGACAGGGUACUUUGCUUCUACAGAUCAGGGAAGAAUUGCCAGUCAUUUCUACAUCAAAUAUGAUACAGUGGAGGUAAUAAAUGAGUACUUGAAAACUGUGAUGACCGAGGCAGACAUUUUUGCUCUAGUCUCAAAGUCUCAGGAAUUUGAUCAGAUAAAGGUUCGUGAUGAAGAAAUGGAAGAGCUAGAGAAGUUAUUACAUGAUACAUGUGAGAUGCAGGUUCCUGGUGGUGUAGAGAACUCCUAUGGUAAAGUGAACAUUCUACUGCAGAGUUUUGUAUCCCGUCAAUAUCUUGACAGUUUCUCUCUGGUUUCUGACCAAUCUUAUGUUGCUCAGAAUGCAGCAAGAAUCACUAGGUCUUUAUUUGAGAUCUGCCUGAAGAAGGGGUGGCCAAUCAUGGCCAGUCGUCUACUCAACUUAAGCAAGACCAUAGACAAAAAGAUCUGGGGUUUCGAGACUCCCCUCAGACAGUUUUCUAUUCUCCCUCAAGAAAUAAUCAGCAAGCUAGAGGCAAGGAAUCUCAAAGUAGAUAAACUAAGGGAAAUGGAUGCAAAAGAGAUUGGUCACAUGGUACAUCAUAUAAAGAUGGGAAGUACAAUAAAGAAGUGUGUACACCAGCUACCAUUGGUUGAUUUAGAAGCUACAAUUCAGCCAAUCACACGCACUGUACUCAGAGUGAGGCUCACUAUCACACCCAUGUUUAAAUGGGAUGAUAAGGUGCAUGGUACAGCAGCAGAAUCUUUCUGGAUCUGGGUAGAAGACCCUGAUAACAAUCACAUCUACCACUCAGAGUAUUUCUUGCUACACAAGAAACAGAUGUACAGUAAGGAGCCACAGACUCUUGUGUUCACUAUACCAAUAUUUGAGCCGUUACCUACGCAGUAUUACGUGAAGGCAAUAUCUGACCGAUGGCUGGGUAGUGAAACAAUGUGUGCCAUAUCCUUCCAGCAUCUUAUCCUACCAGAGAGACACCCUCCUCAUACAGAGUUAUUAGAUUUACAACCGCUACCAGUGACGGCUUUAAUGAACCCGAUGUUGGAGACACUGUAUAAAUUCAGUCAUUUUAACCCGAUACAGACCCAGUUAUUUCACGUCCUGUACCAUUCUGAUCACAACGUUCUCCUUGGUGCUCCUACAGGGUCCGGUAAAACUAUAGCUGCUGAGUUAGCUAUUUUUAGGGUGUUUAGGGAACGACCAAAUAACAAGGCUGUGUAUAUUGCUCCAUUGAAAGCUCUUGUACGAGAGAGAAUGGAAGACUGGAGAGUCAGGAUUGAACAGAAGCUUGGAAAAAAGGUGGUAGAGUUGACAGGUGAUGUGACACCAGAUAUGAGGGCUAUAGCUAAAGCUGAUCUUAUAGUGACAACACCAGAGAAAUGGGAUGGUGUGUCCAGAAGUUGGCAGACAAGAAACUAUGUGAAAGCCGUCUCUCUUAUUGUGAUAGAUGAAAUUCAUCUUCUAGGAAAUGACAGAGGGCCUGUUUUAGAGGUGAUUGUCUCAAGAACCAACUUUAUCUCUUCACAUACAGAGAAGAAAGUGAGAGUUGUAGGUUUGUCUACUGCUCUAGCUAAUGCCAGGGAUCUAGCUGACUGGCUGGCUAUAGGACAGGUUGGUUUGUACAAUUUCCGUCCAUCUGUGCGUCCAGUUCCAUUAGAGGUACAUAUACAUGGUUUCCCCGGACAGCAUUAUUGUCCAAGGAUGGCUACCAUGAAUAAACCUACAUUUCAAGCGAUCAAAUCUCACUCACCCAGUAAACCAGUCCUGAUCUUUGUAUCGUCACGACGACAGACCAGACUUACAGCCCUCGAUCUAAUCGCAUUUCUUGCGGGAGAAGACAAUCCUAAACAAUGGUUACACAUGCCAGAGAACGAGAAUGAGAACAUUAUAAGUGGAGUUAAAGACACCAAUCUCAAGUUAACUCUGGCCUUUGGUAUAGGUAUUCAUCAUGCUGGACUGGUAGAGAGAGAUAGGAAAAUCACAGAGGAGCUCUUUGUCAACUCGAAAAUUCAGGUGCUUAUUGCUACCAGUACACUGGCAUGGGGUGUGAAUUUCCCAGCUCAUCUGGUGGUAGUCAAGGGUACAGAGUUUUAUGAUGGCAAGACAAGGAGAUAUGUUGACUUCCCUAUAACAGAUGUAUUACAGAUGAUGGGUCGGGCAGGUCGGCCACAGUUUGAUGACCAAGGGAAAGCUGUUAUACUGGUGCAUGACAUAAAGAAACAUUUCUACAAGAAGUUUCUCUAUGAACCUUUCCCUGUGGAAUCUAAUUUACUAGAAGUAUUGCCAGACCAUCUGAAUGCUGAGAUAGUAGCCGGAACAAUUACCUCUAAACAAGAUGCCAUGGACUACAUCACCUGGACCUACUUCUUCCGCAGACUCGUCAUGAACCCAAGUUUCUACAACCUAGAUGACACAGAUCAUAAUAGUAUUAACAGGUUCCUGUCAGGACUGGUGGAGAAAGCCUUGUUUGAGUUAGAAAGCUCUUACUGUUUAGAAAUUGAUGAGGAUGGCUGUACAGUACUUCCACAGACACUGGGUAGAAUUGCUUCCUAUUACUAUCUCACACAUGUCACAAUGCGAAUGUUUCAAAGUGAGCUUCAGAGUGAUUCGUCUAUACCAGAUCUGAUAGAAACACUAGCGAAUGCAUCAGAAUAUGCAGAGCUUCCUGUAAGACACAAUGAAGAUCAGAUAAAUAGUGAUUUAUCAAAGCAAGUGCCACUUGAUGUGAAUCCACAUACAAUGGACUCUGCUCACACGAAGGCAAACAUAUUGUUACAGUGUCACUUUGGUCAGAUACCCCUCCCGUCUACUGACUACAACACUGAUACAAAAUCUGUGUUAGAUCAGGCAAUAAGAAUCUGUCAGGCAAUGCUGGACGUAGCAGCAGACCAGGGUUGGUUGGUGGCAUCGCUUGGUAUCACACAGCUGGUACAAAUGUUGGUUCAAGGUCGCUGGUGGCACGACUCCUCGUUACUCACCCUUCCUAAUGUUACACCAUAUCAUAUCUACUGCUUUAAAACUAAGAAGGGAGGUAAGGAAGGCACACACCGUAUAGAAACAUUACCAGAGUUGAUGACAGUAUGUGAUGGACAUUAUAAUGUUCUGUAUGACAUGUUACAAGAUGAGAUGGACAAACAACAUAUAGAUCAGAUAUUCCAAGUAUUGUCAAAGUUACCACAGAUAGAGAUGAUGUUUACAGUGAAGGGUUGGUGGGAAGGUGGUGAUGGUAAACAAGAACAGAGAGCCAUAGAUACUUCUAGUCAAGGAGGAAGAGUAUCUGACAGACAGUGGGUACAAGUACAUGCGGACCAGGAAUAUGUUUUACAAAUACAACUUAACAGAAUCAAUAAAAUGAAGAAGACAGACAGGAAGGCAUACACUCCACGGUUUCCAAAACCCAAAGAUGAGGGCUGGUUCCUGAUCAUUGGUAAUGUGGAUGCUAGAGAUCUGGUAGCAUUGAAACGUGUGCCUUGUAUCAGAGGUAAAUCAGAUGUGCAGGUAUCGGUGUACAUGCCAGAGACUACAGGUCGGGUGAUAUAUACAGCAUAUCUGAUGAGUGACUCAUACCUUGGUCUCGACCAACAAUACGACCUUCACUUUGAUGUUAUACAACAGAGCAUAGAGGCUCAAGUUAAUACUGAGCUGAUUGACGAGCUUGACGGUCUUGACUUCAACUCUUGAAACCGGCCAUAUAUUUAGAGAGCUAAAAAUAGGAGUUGAACUUGACUGUGAUUGCACAAUAAUUUAGGGAAAAAUUUAAAAAAGUGUUUAAGGUUCGAAAUUACAUAUAAGAAAAAAAAAAUCUAUGAUGGUGUUUGAUAAUAUGAAAAUUCAGAUUCAUUAUAACAACAGAGUAAUUGAUUUUCGGAAAUAAUUAUUACUUUUAGUGACUUUAUGCAAUUUUUAUGUGACUAGCUUUUAUUAGAAAAAAAGAGAUGUAAAUAGUGGUAUAACAUGCUUGAAAAAGAUGAGAUCUGGAACUCAGUGAGUUUUUCCACAAUACAAACAAACUUUUACCAUUGUAGCUACACGGUUCAAGACUGGUCACAAUAGAAUUGACAACCUGUUGUGCUUAUUUACAAAGCUGUAACUGUAAAAGUAUGUUUCUACCCAUGAAUAAGCUGGGGGGGGGGGAAUCUUCAUUCAGAAGUAAGUCUAUUAGCAUAAUAAUAAAAUUUUUAAUUAUUUUUGAUAAUACCAUGGUUAAAUUUUGUUUCAUGAAAGUAUUUUGUUAAAAGUUGUUUAA